AUGGCGGCACUGGCAGCGAGGCAGCGGACAUUGCUGUUCUGCGUGACAGACAUCACAGCCAGCAGCUCGAGGACCAUCGCAUCUUCUUGUCUGAGACCCAGACCCCGGAUUGCGCGGAAGCUUGUAUCGACCGCACAACACAGUCAAAAAUAUCGAUAUUUCUCGUCGGCACGGCCGCUAUGGCGAGAAGUUCUUAGAUCACAACAGCAGCAGCAGCAGUCGCCGCCGCCGAUCGAUCGGACCAGAUCCAAGCUCUUCAAAGACGCCGACGAGGCUGUUGCAGAUUUGAAGUCUGGAUCGACCAUUUUCAGUGCCGGGUUUGGACUAUGUGGGACGGCUGAAACAAUCAUCACGGCCAUCCACAAACGGGGCAUUGAAUCGCUCAACAACCUGACCGCGGUAUCGAAUAAUGCCGGAGCGGGCGCGGACGGCGGGCUUGCGCCCUUGACUCAUUCGGGCCAACUGACACGAUGUAUUUUGUCGUAUCUGGGCAACAAUAAAGCCCUGGAGCAAAAGUAUCUGACGGGCAACAUUGCAAUCGAGCUGUGUCCCCAGGGAACAUUGGCCGAGCGGAUCAGGGCUGGAGGAGCGGGGAUUCCGGCCUUUUAUACGCCGACUGGAGUUCACACCCUCAUUCAGACAGGCGAGAUUCCAACCCGCCUAGGCCCGGCCGACCCAGAAACAAAAAAGGCCAAUGUGAUUGAGUCGGGCCACCCGCGAGAAACGCGCAUCUUCAACGGUCGGACAUAUGUGAUGGAGACAGCGCUGACGGGCGACGUGGCCAUCCUUCGAGCGUGGAAGGUCGACGAAGCCGGUAAUUGUGUGUUUAGAUACACAACCAAAGCCUUCGGUGUCCUCAUGGCCAAAGCGGCCCGACUCACGAUCGUCGAGGCCGAAAACAUUGUGCCGCUCGGCUCAAUCGACCCCAACGACGUACACCUGCCAGGCAUCUACGUCGACCGCAUCGUUCCGGCGACGGUUCCCAAGAAGGUAGAGCUGAAAAAGACUCGACCAACCACCAACUCGGACACAGACACCUCGUCAUCUUCAUCUUCACCGUCGGAUUCCACUGUCUCGGACAAAUUAACUCGCCGCAAUCGCAUCGCCCGCCGCGCAGCCAAAGAACUCAAACACGGCAUGUACGUCAACCUAGGCGUCGGGAUGCCGACCCUCGCACCAUCCUUCCUCCCUCCCGACGUAAGGGUGUGGAUCCAAUCCGAAAACGGCAUUCUGGGAAUGGGGCCCUACCCGACCGAAGAUGAGGUCGACCCAGACAUCGUGAACGCCGGCAAAGAAACAGUGACUCUCGUUCCUGGCGCAUCGACUUUUGAUUCCGCCGAGUCGUUCGGCAUGAUUCGCGGCGGGCACAUCGAUGUUUCUAUCCUCGGUGCCUUACAAGUCAGUGCCGCGGGUGAUUUGGCGAACUAUAUGAUUCCCGGGAAGGUGUUCAAGGGAAUGGGUGGCGCCAUGGACCUCGUGAGUAAUCCGGAUCACACGAAGAUCGUCGUUGCGACGGACCAUGUCGACAAGUAUGGGAAGAGUAAGAUUGUGGAGAAUUGCGCCCUCCCGCUUACGGGCGCCAGGUGCGUGAGUACGAUUAUUACGGACUUGUGUGUGUUUCAAGUCGAUCGCAAGAAGGGGACUUUGACGCUGACUGAGUUGGCGCCGGGUCUUACGAUUGAGGAGGUGAAAAAGAAGACGGAUGCUAGCUUUGCUGUGGCGGAGAAUGUUGGUUCGAUGGAGUAG